GACCCCGGAGAAAACGAAGAAGCAGACAGCUGUCGAGAGAUUUCCGCAAACAACGUGAAGUGUGAUCCUGCUGGUGAUUGUAAUUUAAGUCAUUAGUACCUGUGUUAUUUAACUGUUGCCAUGAAAUGCGUGUUUGUAACAGUCGGAACGACAAGAUUUGAUGAACUGAUCGAAACUAUGAUUUCUGAGGAUACAGUUAAGGCUUUAAUUGAUCGUGGUUACACAGAAUUAGUCCUUCAGGUUGGUUAUGGUUCGCACCUCCCUGGCCCUGAAAGCUGUUCAGGACUGAAGUUGGAUGCUUUCCGUUUUAAAGAUUCUAUAUCGGACGAUAUGAAAAGAGCUGACCUCGUCAUCAGUCACGCAGGGGCUGGAAGUUGUCUUGAAGCUCUCGGGGCACAGAAAGCACUCCUUGUCGUGAUCAACGACAAGCUGAUGGACAAUCACCAGCUCGAGCUUGCCAAGCAGUUGCAUUGCGAUUCACACCUUCUGUACUGCACCUGCAGGACUCUGACUGAAACAUUGAAGACCAUGGAUUUCUCCACACUGACACCUUUUUUACCUGGUCAGCCACAAAACUUUGCAAAAUUCCUGGACAAAGCACUUGGAUUUGCCUGAUGGAGACACAGACCUUAACCAGCAAACUGAAUAAUUUUCAAGUGAAUUCUGAACGGAAUCAUUCAAAAGUGUUAGGAGGGAUUACUCUGCUCGGAACAGACUACUGAGGAGAAAUGUCUGGUUAAAACAGGGUGGGCAAAACAUGGAUGGAGAUAUUUGGCUAAGAAUGACGGCAGACUAUGGCAGGUUCAGCUUGAAGGCUGUUGAAAGGUAUUUUCUGUUGAUUGUUUUUUUGGGUACUGAUGAUUCAUCUGUCUACCCACAUAAAGUACAUUUGUCAAUCCUCA